AUGGGAAUGAAGGAAAUGUUCAAUUUGGCCCGAGUGCCCUCCAUCCUCCUACUGGGGCUGCUUUAUGUGGCCUACGUGCUCAUUGGCGGGGUGCUAUUUUGGAAGUUGGAGGGGGAUCUUGGGGAAAAGGACAUCAGUGAUUUACUGAUGAACAAACGGAAGCUGUUGUCGACGUACACGUGUCUGGACCAAGAGGGCCUCGAGGAGGUGGCUCAGGUUAUUCAAGAUGCGUUCAAAGUGGGCCUGAGUUUGAAAGGCAACAGCACCACCGACGGAUUUUGGAAAUUCACCAGCUCGGCUGUGUUUGCUGCUACUGUGGUCACAACAAUUGGUUAUGGAAACAUGAGUCCCAGCUCCACUGCUGGUCAGAUCUUCUGCGUGUUCUUCGCCCUUUUUGGCAUCCCACUCAACAUGGUGGUGCUCAACAGGGUGGGCAAGUACAUGCUCGUAAUCGAGCGAAACAUCUUUGACUUCCUCCAGGAGAAGAUCAACAGAGAGAGAUGUACAGGUUUCUUCAUUCACUUGGUGUCCUACCUGUCUGGAGCCCUCCUCUUCUUCAUCGUUCCAAUGCUCGUGUUUCACCAUCAUGAAGGUUGGACCUACUCAGAAGCCAUCUACUACUGCUUCAUCACCCUCAGUACCGUCGGCUUUGGAGACUUUGUGGCUGACAAUAACCCAGACAACGUGUACCCAGAGUGGUACAGCGUCCUCAUGGCCUCCUGGAUAUUCUUCGGCCUGGCCUGGUUGGCGCUCAUUAUCAACCACUCCAUCGACAUCCUGGAGAGGCUCGACGCUCACGUCAAACAGUGGUGGGGGGGUCACCGGCAGGAGGAAAAGGAGAACCGCAACCUGGAUGGGGAAGAGAAGGUCAAGCAGCCUCCUUUAACUUGUUAAUACAGAUGGUGUGGCUCAUUAAAAAAAAUAAAGACAAAGACAACAGUACUCUCAGAUGGAUACGUCAAGAUGGCAGCCCAGAGGUGACGUCUACAAAGGAGCCUGAAGGAACACCCAGCACCACCCAGUAUGCAAA